AUGCGUAGCUCCGUGGCAACGGAGCGGACGACGAGGCAGCGGCGCCGAUCGGCCAGCAGAGAAUCGGACCAGGGCUACGUGGAGGGCGUCAGCGGGCCCGUGGUGACCGCCCGCCGCAUGCGGGCCUGCGCCAUGUACGAGCUCGUGCGAGUCGGCCACUCGCGCAUGCUCGGCGAGGUGAUCAGGCUGGAGGGUGACCGGGCCACCGUCCAGGUCUACGAGGACACCUCGGGCCUGGCCGCGGGCGAUCCCGUCGAGCGCACCGGCCGGCCCCUCGCGGUCGAGCUCGCGCCCGGUCUGCUCGGCUCGAUCUUCGACGGCAUUCAGCGGCCGCUGCGCGACGUUCACCUCGCCACGGGCUCGAUCUACAUGGGCCGCGGCCUGGACCUGCCCGCGGUGUCGCGCACGGCCUACUGGGAGUUCUGCCCGCUGCCGCGGCUCAAGCGCGGCCAGCCGCUCACCGGGGGCGAUCUCGUCGGCCUCGUCUACGAGAACAAGCUGCUCAAGCAUCGGAUCAUGGUGGCGCCCGACACCUGCGGCCGGUUGAAGUACCUGGCGCCCGCCGGCUCGUACACCGUCGACGAGGUCAUUCUCCAGCUCGAGUACGAGGACCGGACGAUCGACCAGUCGAUGCUGCAGAUCUGGCCGGUGCGCCGGGCCCGGCCCUACGCCGACAAGAUGAGGCCGCGUCGGCCCAUCGUCACGGGCCAGCGAGUCCUCGACGGCCUGUUCCCCUGCGCCCAGGGCGCCACCUGCGCCCUGCCCGGCGCCUUCGGCUGCGGCAAGACGGGCCUGUCACAGGCCCUGGCCAAGUACUCCAACAGCGACGUGGUCGUGUACGUGGGCUGCGGCGAGCGCGGCAACGAGAUGGCCGAGCUGCUGCGCGACUUUCCCAAGCUCCGGGUGGAGGUGCAGGACGGGGGGGCCAGCAGCAGCGAGUCGAUCAUGAAGCGCAGCGUCCUCGUGGCGAACGCCUCGAACAUGCCGGUGGCGGCGCGCGAGGCCAGCAUCUACACGGGCUGCAGCAUCGCCGAGUACUUUCGCGAUCAGGGCCAGAACGUGGCGCUGCUGGCGGACUCGACGUCGCGCUGGGCCGAGGCGCUGCGCGAGAUCAGCGGCCGCCUCGGCGAGAUGCCCGCCGACCAGGGCUACCCGGCCUACCUCAAUGCGCGCCUGGCCAACUUUUACGAGCGCGCGGGACGCGUGCGCUGCCGCGGCAGCCCGAGGCGCGAGGGAUCCGUGAGCAUCGUCGGCGUGGUGUCGCCGCCCGGCGGCGACAUGGCCGAUCCCGUGACCAGCGCCACCCUCGGCGUCGUCCAGACCUACUGGGCCCUCGACAAGAAGCUCGCCGAGAGGAAGCACUUCCCGGCCAUCAACUGGAGCCUCAGCUACAGCAAGAGCAUCGAGCCGCUGACUCACUACUACGAGGCGAAUUUCCCCGAGUUCGCCGAGCUGAGGCGGAAGAUCCUCGAGAUGCUGCAGCGGGAGCACGAGCUCGAGAGGCUCACCCAGAUAAUCGGCCCCACCUCGCUGUCCGAGCCGGAGAAACUGCUGCUGGCCGUGGCGCGCAUGCUCAGCGAGGACUUCCUCCAGCAGAACGCCCAGUCGAGCCAGGAUCGCUUCUGUCCCUUCUACAAGACUCUGGGCAUGAUGCGGAACUUGGUGCUAUUUUACGAGCUCGGGCUGCGCGCGAUCGAGACGAGGCAGGGCCACGACAACGACGACGACGAGCCCGCGAUGACCUGGGCCCGCAUCAGGACCAAGCUGGCCGACACGAUCGAUCGCCUCGCCAUCAUGAAGUAUCUGUGCCCGGUGCACGACGGCGAGCGCGUCAUCGUCGAGGAGCUGCGCGAGCUCGCUCGCGCCAUCGAGAAGGCUUUCGAAGAUAUUUAG